AUGAAUAAUCCUAAAAGAAUACAAGGUGAAUUAAUUAAUUUUGGUUAUUCCAGUGAGACUGAAUGUUAUUCCGAUUGUUCAGAUUGCACUUCUUAUACUUCUGAAAGCAGAUUGAAUGACAAUGAGAAAGAGAAUGGAUUAGAAAAGGCACAAUACAAGCCUAAAUCAAUUAGAUAUGAGGGUAAAGACAGAGAAGGAUUGUGUGAAAUAUGUAAGAAGUGGUUCAAACUAAGAACAAGUUCAUAUUGGUAUCACAUGAAUUAUAAACAUGGAAUAUGUUCAAAUUAUAAAAAAAUACUUGAUCCCAUCACAAGAAUUAAAUCCAGACUCAUUCAAGGUUACUGUAUGUUUUGUAAAGAUUGGAUAGAUCUAAGUUCAAUUAGCAGGGAAUACAUUUAUAGUUGGUAUAGACAUUUUAUUAAAACACACCACAACAAACUUACUAAACCUAAAAACUAUAAAAGUAUAAGAAACAUUCCAUAUAAGAAAUAUUACUAUCACAAAUAUAAAGAUGAUGACAAAGAAAAUUAA